UUUAAUUUCGAUGUAAUACGCAAUAGGAAUUAAAACAGAACUUCUGAAAGAACAUGGUAUGCUUAGUAGGUUAACUCAAAGAGAUAGUUCACUAUUGGGGUUUAACAAGCCGUAAAUCCGAAAGAAGUGAGUGCAUUACAUAAGUAUCCCGGAGCCGGGUGGGGUGGCGUUUGCGUUACACCGAAGACUACCAACUCUCCCGCCCGUCUCCCGUCCGUAGUCCCACUUUAAUUGUUAGCUUAUUCUGGAAGGAAGCUGCUGUCAGGACUAUUCUGGAAUUCUUAAUUCGGUUUACAGAAGUUUGGCGUUUGACUAAAUCUGGCCAGAUCAUUUCUACUAUAACCUACGAUCCUGGCACUUCAUACUUACACAUACCCCCUUCAAGAAGCCAACCAAUCCUAAGCAUUUUCACCAACAGGCCUAGCCAAUCAAUCGUCAUGGCGUCUACCAAACACGGCAAUUCCGACGACAGAGUCCUAUAUUUCGCAUAUGGCUCCAACCUCUCCCUGACCCAGAUGCAACACCGGUGUCCUAACUCUCAACCUAUCGGCCUCGCGCAUUUGCCUGGAUGGACUUGGCUCAUUAAUGAGCGGGGUUAUGCGAAUAUCGUCCAAGGCCAAGCCCUUACGUCUGUGUCAUCAUCCACAUUUUCGCCUUCAUCUGCGUCUUUAGCAUCUUCUUUAACCUCGCAUAUCCCACGACUAAGCGGGAACGACGAGAAGGAUAAAAAGGGUGUCGAGAAGGGAGUUAAAGAAAUCUUAGAAAGUGCGGCAGGGAAUGAAAGUAAACGAGGCGUCUACGGUAUCCUAUAUCGUCUACAUCCGGACGAAGAGAAGAUGCUAGAUCUCUGUGAGGGUGUCCCGUGGGCAUAUGAGAAGUGGUUCCUCGAUGCAACCUUGCUUCCACAUGCUGACUCCCAGGAUACAGAGGAGGGGGAGACAGUCCGAGCGCUUGUGUACAUUGAUUCUAAGAGAGUUUUAUCAAGUGCUCCGAGAAAAGAGUACGUAGCCCGAAUGAACCGAGGCAUUGACGAAGCUACGAAACAUUUUGGGCUACCAAAGACAUAUGUCGAUGCUGUUAUGAGACCCUUCAUCCCGGAGAGAGCAACGGGAUAGAUAGGGCAAACUUGUCGAUAGACCCACAAUAGACUCCCCCUUAACCACGAUUAUGUUCUAAUGUUUAAUAUGUACAUGUAUGAGCGCUUAUAUCCACAGUCUUGCUUUAAGCUAAUAACGCCUAGUUGACGAUUCAAGCCAAGAUAACCCCCUAAUGAAUUGGCUCUAUCCAACAUUAAACCAUACCAACACGAGUACCUAGUCAGAAAAUGCCGUAUCAACUUUAUACACACGCACCUAUGCACAGACAAUAUCCCAGAAACAAAAGAAAAUUCGACCCAUCAAAUUUGACACCCGUACCCAGCUGACUAACAUAUGAAACCAUCCCUUAAAUUUGAAGCCCACAAGUUUCUACACGUCGCGGUUGUAGGUAGCCUAAAGAGUAUAGAAGAAGUCUAAAUUGAGAACCAAUUAGCAUAGAAACUCGACUAUUGCUGUGAGAUAUUAAGGUGUAACAUACCUGGGUGGUGGUCACCAAUUUCCUCUAUGCUCUUCUCUCUCAUAAUGGCGGCCUCGUCAGAGAAUUGGUUCGCCUUCUUCUUCUUGUUCAAGUAGCCGAGAUAACAC